AUGGGAGUUUCCUCGAAUACCCUACCGCAGGAAACUGUGGUAGAGGAAAAACCCGCGAUCGGAGAGUCGCGCUCGGCGUCGACAGAUGGCCAACCCAACGAUCAGGUCGCGGAUGCCAAGGAGGAUCCGGAGGUGAAAGCUACGGCCGAGCAAGCUACUUCGCUCAAGGAUUAUUUCAGAGUCCUCUCUUAUACAACCACAGGGGACCGGGUAGUCCUCGCGAUCGCCCUAAUAUGCUCCAUUGGGUCUGGUGUGCCGUUGCCGAUCAUGAAUAUCGUCUUUGGUGGAUUGGUUGGAGAAUUCAGUUCAUACUUUACCCCGGGAACUACAACGACUGAAGCGCAAUUUAAAGCCUCGGUUAGUCGACUGAGAGGAAGUCUGUACAUUGUCUAUCUAUUUAUCGCAAAGUUCACAUUGACAUAUUUCUCCAUGUACUGCUUUAGGGUUAUCAGUCUCCGAGUUUCAUCUGCCUUGCGACUAGAGUACAUGAACUCGCUUUUUGCGCUGCCAAUCAGUAGACUGGACCAAGUCUCCGUUGGAACGGUCGUCAAUGCAAUCACCACUCUCUCCAAUUCGAUCCAGCAGAGCAUAUCAGAUAAGCUGGCCAUCCUCUUCCAAUCUACUGCUCUUCUCGUUGCCGCCUACAUCAUCGCCUUCAAAUACUCAUGGGCCCUCACCCUCGCCACAAGCUCUUGUCUUCUCUUCAUUGUCGUCGUCUGCUGCCUGACGUUGCCUGCUAUCGCCAAAAUCCAACAAAGGGUGGAUAAAGCGGAUGAGAAGCAUUCGGCAAUUGCAGCGGAGGUCUUUGGCUCAAUACGGACCGUCAUCUCUCUGGGUGCCGAGGCUCCGCUAGCUAAGAAAUAUCAACAAUGGGUUAUCGAAUCACGGAACAGAGGUCGCAGCAUGGCUAUCCUGCUUGGGAUCCAGUUUGGUCUCAUGUUUUUUGCCAUAUACGCUAGUUACUCACUGGCAUUCUGGCUUGGUCUGAAGCUCUACCGAGAGGGUCACAUUGCGAACGUUAAUACGGUCAUCAUUGUUUUUUUCUCUAUCAUGAUUGCAGUCAGCGUCCUUGGCAACAUCGCGACGCCGUUGACGAUGGUUUUCAAGGCGGCCAGCGCAGCGACCUCGUUCUUCGAAAUCAUAGACUCGGAAAGGAUCGUCGUAGGUGGUGUUUGUGAUUCCGAAGCUCUAUCCCAGGGCGACAUUAAAUUCCAGAAUGUGGAAUUUACCUACCCCGCGCGACCAGAAAGCAAAGUUCUUAUGGGAUUGAACGCUCGAUUCGAAAGAGGAAAGACCACUGCAUUGGUUGGUCCAUCAGGAUGUGGGAAAAGCACUAUUGUUGCUCUCCUUGAGCGGUGGUAUUCCCCGGAAGGAGGAAGUGUCUUGCUAGGGGAGCGGAACAUUGAGGAGUUGGAUCUCAAGUGGUGGAGGUCUCAAAUUGGACUCGUACAGCAGGAGCCGUUUCUCUUCAACGAUACAAUUUUCAAGAACGUCUCCUUCGGUCUUGUCGGCACAAGAUGGGAAAAUGAACCUGAUUCCGUGAAGGCAGACUUGGUCGAGAAUGCAUGCAAAGAAGCAUUUGCAGACGAGUUCAUCGACCGUCUCCCAAAGGGCUACGACACCAUUGUCGGAGAGAGCGGCACCAAAUUGAGUGGCGGCCAAAGACAGCGUCUCGCCAUAGCCCGAAGCAUCGUGAAAGGGCCUACAAUUCUGAUUUUGGAUGAAGCUACUAGCGCAAUUGACGUACGUGGGGAGAAGAUCGUCCAGGCAGCCCUUGAUCGCGUCUCCAAAAAUCGCACCACAAUAGUGAUCGCACACAGACUGUCUACUGUUCGAGGGGCCGAUCGGAUUCUCGUUCUUAGGGCCGGUUCCGUUCUCGAGGAAGGAACGCACGAAGAGCUCCUUGAUAUGGAGGACGGACUUUAUCGAGGCCUUGUUAACGCCCAACGACUUGAGAUUGCCGCAGAUGAAGAAGCCGGUCCUAUGGAGGCCACAGAAGCAUUGGAAGAGGAACUUGAACGUUCCACGACUGUCAUUCCCGGUCAGCCAGACGAGGAUCACAAAGAGAAAUCGAAGCAGCGUGGCUUUUUCCGCAGCACCGGCGUUUUUCUUUACGAAGCAAGGACACACUGGAUACUUUGCCUGACUGCUGCACUGGGGGCACUGGGAGCUGCCUCCGCCUUCCCUUUACAGAGCUGGCUAUUUGCAAAUCUCAUCGACGUAUUUCGAAAGACAGGAAAAGAGCUGGUCGACGGUGCGAAUUUCUGGGCGCUGAUAUUUUUCAUUUUGUCUUUGGGAAUUGCGGCCUGCUAUGCAACGGUCGGAUUCUCGGCCAUAAGACUCUCCGUUGAAAUAUCUUCCUCUUGCCGAACAGAAUACUUCGAAAAUAUUCUACGAAAGCCUGUCCCGUUUUACGACUUGAAUGAAAAUGCCUCUGGCUCCCUGGUCUCCCGGCUAGCCACCGAUCCUAAACAAAUUCAGGAGAUGCUCGGGCUAAAUGGCAUUUUUCCAGUAAUUUCAGUCUGCAGUAUGAUAGGCUGCAUUGCAAUCGCAUUUGCCUUUGGCUGGAAACUCAGUCUCGUGACUGUAUUUGCCGCUUUGCCUUGCGUGUUCCUUGCAGCCUUCAUGCGUAUUCGAUACGAACUGCAGUUUGAGGCCCUCAAUGCGGAGGUGUACUCAGGAAGCUCCCAGUUUGCCGCCGAAGCUAUCCAUGCAUUCCGAACUGUUUCGGCGUUGACCAUGGAAGACUCUAUCUUGAACCGGUAUUCGGGCCUUUUGAAAGAACAACAGAACAAAGCUUUUCGCAAAUCCUGGUUCGCAACCCUUGUUUUUGCGUUCUCUGAUAGUGUGGAACUCUGCGCCAUGGCACUUACAUUUUGGUAUGGCGGCCAGCUUCUUGCGUCCCGGGAGUACCAGCCUGCGUCCUUCUUUGUCGUAUACAUGUCGAUCAUCCUCGGUGGGCAACAGGCCGGUCAAUUCUUCAGCUUUGGACCUAACAUUGCUCAAGCCACAUCCUCUGCAAAUCGGAUUCUGAACUUCAGGCCAGCCUUGGACGAGAUUAGUGCUGCUGCUAAGCUGCACAAGGCUGAUCAAUCUCACAAGUCCGGAGCUCACAUUGAGUUCCAAAAUCUUGGUUUCAAAUAUGAGUCACAGGAAGCUCCUCUCUUCACAGGUCUUGACGUGACCAUCGAAAGUGGCCAAUUUGUCGCCUUUGUGGGGGCAUCAGGAUGUGGUAAGACCAGUUUGAUAUCAAUACUCGAGCAAUUCUACAAGCCGUUCCGAGGCGCUGUCCUCCUUAACGGGGAAGAUAUCAAGUCUAUUGACCCGACCUCAUACCGAAGAUCUCUGUCAUUGGUAGCCCAGGAACCACAACUAUUUGAAGGCACUAUCCGUGAUAAUAUCACUCUAGGACUUAAAGACUCAGAGUACACGGAAGAAGAACUGGUUCAAGCCUGCGUUGAUGCCGAGAUUCACACCUUCAUCACCUCUCUUCCAGAAGGAUAUUCCACAGACCUUGGAAUCAAGGCACAGACGGCUCUUAGCGGAGGGCAGCGACAACGAUUGUGCAUUGGCCGGGCCUUACUGCGCAAACCGUCUCUUCUUCUUUUGGAUGAGGCGACAUCAAGUCUUGACUCACAGUCCGAGAAAUUAGUCCAAGCAGCGCUUGAGAGAUUGGCCGCAAGAAGAAGUAUGACAAUUGUUGCGGUAGCGCACAGGUUGGCUACUAUUCAGAAGGCAGACGUCAUUUUUGUCUUUGGGGAAAGUCAGAGUGACAAAGGGUCGCGGGUAGUUGAACGCGGUUCACAUCAGGAGUUGCUCCAGAAUCGGGGGACAUACUGGCAGAUGUGCCAAGCUAAUGGACUAGAUCGAUAA